AUGUACCCCCUUUUUACGUAUAGAAAAUUUAUUAAGAGUAUGUGGUGGUUAAAACCAGUACAGCAGAUCCGUCGGGCGCAUUCCCGCCUGUACUGUUUGUUCGAUCCUCUCGACCAUGUGACAGGAAUAGAAAAACGAGAGCUGUUGGCUCAUUUGGCCGGUGAUUGUGAUCCUUUUCGAAUGAGGCCCAUCAAGAAAGGUCCUGGAACACGCGAGCGUCCCAACCUGAUUCCCUCAUCAAACCCGAGUCGUCUGUUGUGUUGUAGUUGCGACCCUUAUGACAUGCAUGUGGAAUUUAUAUGGCUGCAUCAGGGCUGCCCCAAGCGUUGUGGCUGUGGUUAUUGGUUUGAAUUGUGUCCUGUUGCGCCGUUGUAA